UUUUCAGAAACGGUAGUCCACGUUAUCUCAUUUUGUUCUGUAUAGCUGUUCUGUUUUCCUGUAUUUAAGUGAAGAGGAGUCUUUUUAAAACAGAACCCAGGCAACCAAACGAAGACGUGUAUUUGCUCUCGGAAGGAAAACGAAAAGUUUCGGAAGCUAAUGAUGGAAAGCGUUCCUCCUACUGGAUCAUUUAUAGUACCUGACUGGCAUCGAUGUAAAGAAAGCAAAGAGUACUUCAACAAAAUAUUGCACAAGAAGAAACAAAGACAGUUUGGUCUGUUGGAGUCUCCCAUGAUGCCCCCGCAUGCAGCAGUGGACACAGUUCAUUAUAAGAUUUUCAUCUCCGGUAAGAGCGGAGUCGGGAAAACUACUCUUGCUGCCCGCCUCGCUGGCCUGAAUAUUCCCAAAAUACACCAUGAAACUACAGUUGGAGGUAUUCAGACCACGGUGGUUUACUGGCCUGUGAAGCUGAGAGAAAAUGGCAGAGUGCUUUUCUUUCAUCUGCAGCUGUGGGACUGCGGAGAGAACGCCUUACGCAGAUUUGAUCAUUUGCUCCCGUCCUGUCAGGAACAGGUGGAUGCCGUUCUGUUUCUUUUCUCCUUCACUGACAGGACUUCCUUUGAAGAUUUGUCCAAUCAGAUUCUUAAAUGGACCGAACAGUCUGAUGGCUGUCUUGUCAAAGUGGUGGUUGGCACAAAGUUUGACCUCUUCAUGCACUGUGAUGUAGCAGAGAGAGACCUCAGAAAAUUCCAGGAGACCUGGAGGAUACCUGUUCUCCGUUCGGGGGGAGAAGUCAGCGACGGGUUGGGUGACAUAGCCCCGAUUCUCAACUGCCUCGCUGAGAAUCUGUGGCAUCAGGACUGUGUUAAAGCAGGAGCAGUCAGUCAGCAUCCGCAGCAUGAGGCAGGAGCUCUCAUUUAAGGCUCAGGUCAAAGCCUUUUCAGUACAAGACAGAACUUAAAGUGACAGCUACCAUCUUAUUAGACACAGUUAUGACAAGAAGUGUCAAGAGAGGAUUUCUAUGACCUGACAUAUAUAAUGGAUAUUUUUAGAAAAAAGUUACAAGCUCAUAUUUUUAUAUAUGAACCAUUUCUGUAGAUUCUUCCUCUGUAUUUUAUGCCAAGAUGAUUAAGUAGUCCAUGAACCUUUUAGGUCUUCGCUAAUCUGAGUUCAGCUAGUGGGAAAACUAGCAUAACUGCAUGCAAUAACUUGUUGGAAUGCAUCUUAAGGAAACCUGUCUCACAAUUUGAUAAAGCAUUCAGCUAUGUUCUAUACAUAACUACAAUGCAAAAUCAACUGAAGCUUCAAUAGGGAAACCAUUUGAAAAGAAUGUCACUUAGCAUUAAUACCAGUUUAUUACCAUAGAUCACAGCUUGACUUAAAGAUCUGAUGCAUGAAUCAGAAUUUCAGGUACCAUCUUGCAAACGUUCAGUGUCAAGUUCUCAUUUACUGAACUGUAACUCUGUUUACUAACUUAAAAAUUGACCAUGAAGUAUUUUGGGCUUUAUAAGAUUAAUAAUUUUUUUUUGCAGAUAUAGCCUUUGUCUUCAAUGUUAAUGCAGCUAAAUUUAAGAUUGUGUUUCAUGUGAAUUUUGAAAAGAAUAUUAAAGUCUUUGUUGAGGCCAAGCCAAUGCAUUAAGCCACUGAGGCGCAUUAAUAGUUGACGUGCUGCUUGCUGUCUUGUCGGAAGAAUUAUAGAGUCCACACUGCUGAUUGCGCAGAUCAUCCAUUUUAUUUUCUUACAUUUAUUCCAUUUCUACUCUUGACAUAUUUCCAUUAUUUCCAUACGUCCGUUGACAGCCUAAUACUUCAGUAAUCAAAAACUGUUUAGUCCUUCUGGGUGGAACACCCGUGUCAUAAACAAAAGGUUCCGUACUUCUAGACAGAUUAACCAAAAAUGUAAUCACCUUGCUCCUAUAGUGUUGACAGGAUAGGUUGUAUUCAAGAAUCAAAAACUGAUUUUGAACAGUCAGCCCUCUCAGAAAGGCAUGAUUAACCUACCUGCAGUAUUUAAACCUACAUUUCUAAGAGAUAAAAAUUGAUUUUAAGUUGAUAAAUAGAUCAAUUAGCACAUUUCCCCAAUGAUUUUAACGUUUUAUUUUAUUUAGAAUUUACACAUUAUGUAGACCACAUCCGAUUAUGCUCAAUGUUUUCCAUGUUUGGCCCCAAGUCAAAAUAAAAAUUCACUUUUAUCCCUCUGAUCAAUCGUAAAGUCUCUCCUCAGCCCUGAAGAGAUUAGGCUGUUCCAUCCCAAUCGCUACAGCUUAAAGAGGCAGUUGCAACCCCCUGACAAAAGUACAUACUGUGUAUGUAUAUUGCAUUUAUGUAGUCCAUUUAUGGGGCCUCCUGCAUGUGGCUCAGUUUUUAAAAAGAAGCGAAAGUUGCUCAGUUAUGUCAUCCAGGUUGGUUUUGUAGCUGCUGCAAGUUAUGAUUCAACCAAGGGGAGACUUGUAACUUUUAAAUGGGCAUUUUUCAAAAGUCUCAAAACUACAUGUGCAUCAUCUACUCAAUUUGAAUGCUUUUUUUAGAAAAAGGAUAAAGCCUGUCACAUGGAUUGGACAUUUGGUUAAAUUGAUUGAAAUAAAUUGGAGGAUUUCAGGUGAAGUUACCUUAAUGCUUUCUAGGCAUUAGACCGCAUGGCAUGCUGCCCUGUGAGCUUCAGGUGUCUGACAAACAUCUGCGGUACAAGUUGUUUUACCACAGGAUGAUUUUUUUUUAUUGAACCGCUAUACAAUUUCAGACUGAUUAUAAAAAUCUUUAUUCAUAAAACAUAUUGCUUAAAUUAAGAAAAAUUGUGAAACCCUUUGAACUUCCUUCAACAUUUUGGAACAUUUCUACAAGAGUGCCAAGAACUGAUAAUUUAGGUGCACCCAGGUGUGAAGAAUUGAACAUGAAAUGAGGGAUAAAACUCUAAAAUACAAAAAAGAUGCAACUUUUCAUUUAGAAACAGCCAUUACUUCUUAGAAAGGGCCUUUAUCCAUUCCUCCUUAUCGAAGCUGCAAAAAAGUAUAAAAGAUUUACUGCCAGUUAUGAUACAUAAAUUAAAAACUUUUUUCCCCAUUUUACCUUCCAUUGGCAAUCAGAAUCAUGGUAGUCAAAGGUCCCAUCUGACUCUCAGACAGCAUCAACAGGAAGGAUUCUGGAGGAAGUCCCACAACUUUACUUUGCACAACGUUCACAUGUUGAGGGAAGAGAGCGUAAUCCAACACAGUGAACCGCUCAUACCUGGAUGUAACAGAACACAGGGUAACCUUAUUCAGUUAGAAAGAAAUCUGCCUGAACAUCAGUAGGUUGAGCAGGUCAUGUACUUUUUUGAGGAGAUCAGCAAGAGGUCGUUGAAGAGAUGGAGGUAGAUGCGGUUGAUUGACAUUUUUGAACCGUAACUCCCCAAAGUGGCCAGGGGUCCAUGGUGAAUCAGAACGCGUGUGCUUUUCACUAGAGGGACUGACUGAUAGGGAAAGAGAUGCAUUCAGAAUUACCAAGUCAUAGGGCUCCAUAUGAACUCAGCAGAAAAUUGUUGAAAUAACACCUUGAUGUCAGCAAAGUCCAGCAGCAUUUCCAGGCGGACCAGUUCCUCCAAAGAUUUCAUUUUUUCCACCUUCUGGUCACACUCCACCAAAAUCUUUUCAGGUAAAGAAAUCCAAAAACACUAUAUUGUUAUAAAGUGACAGUAGAAUUAUGGAGUAGAAGAACAUAAUUGAGUUUUUCUUAAAGGUCAAAUCAGAGGUUCCCUCAUCUUGAUAGAUUUCAUAUAAUUUAGAAGGAAAUUAAACGAUGCAGGGUUGGGAUCUUUGGCUCACUUUAAAGUGGAAAUUGAAGCCCUUAAACCAGUGAGUUUACAGCAGUGUUUAUAAUAAUCCUCUCUGUUGACUAAAAUCGGAAAUUAUUUAUGUUUAAGUCUGCAGCAUUUACUUGUAAAUAAAUAUGAAUGAAUAGGAUUUUUUUUCCCAGACAGACAAUUUGACAAACAACAAGAAAUUACCAAAUACACACAAAGACUAGGUGACAUCAACAGAACUAAAAGCAAAUUUCCAAACUAACCAAGUUCACCUGAACAUAAAUAGAAACAAAAUCCUCCACAGCCUGAGAAAUGACAAUCGACCAAUGGAAAUGGUCUGAAAAGAGGUAUGAAGUAGUAAAACUUAUUGUUCAUACCUUCCGGUUCAACUCCCCCCCCCCCAAUACACACACACACACACACACACACACACACACACACACACACACACACACACACACACACACACACACACACACACACAUAUAUAAUUAUGUAUACAAUUACCUCAUGAAUGCCCUUUAUUGCCUUUGUAAGAUUUGAAGCUGCUUCAGAGUUUGGCUCUGUCAGUUUCAGGAUGCCCUGAAAGUAAAGAGUUGGGAUUAAAAGCAUUGCAUCUGAAAAAAAAAAAACAGCCAUUGAUUAAAAAAAACAAACUGCAGCUUUACCUCUAGUAGAAGUUUAAUCCGCGUUAUUCUUUGGAAUGGUAGAACCAGGAAUGAUUUCAGUCUCCGUUUCUGACAGACUGGGUCAUCCUCUAGUCUCUUGAGAGCGUACAUAAAGUCUUUGUUUUCCUGCCUAAAUAAAAGAUUUACCUGUGUGAUGAUGGCUGAUGUUUAUAGUACUCUCACAUCUGAGUUGAUAGUUAAUUCUAAAUGCAUCAAAUGGGAGCCUCCAUUAGAAAACCCAAAACAUAUGGAGGCAUUUCCAUGUUACACAAUAAAUUACAUUCAUUGUUUCCAUGAA